AGUUGAAUCCUCGCAUAGCUUCAUUCCACUGCGCGCAUUCACUCGUGUGCUAGAUUUACACACACACAGUCACAGACUCACAGGGAGAGUCACAGACUCGCACACACAGAGAGACAGCGAGCCUCACACAGAGAGACUCACACAGAGACUCACACAGAAACUCAUACAGAAGGACUCACACAGAGAGACUCCCACAGACCCGGAGACAUAGAGACUCACACAGAAAGACAGACUCAAACAGAGGGACAAAGAGACACACACAGAGAGACACAGAGAGACUCAAAGAGUGUGUGAGAGAGAGAGACUCUCACACACAUAUAGAGUCACAGCCUCACAGAGAGAGAGACUCACACGAACUCAGAAACAGAGACUCACGCAGAGAGACGGACUCACACAGAGGGACAGAAAGACUCACACAGAGACGGACUCACACAGACUCAGAAACUCGGCAACAGCGGGACUCUAGGAGCCUGAAGGAAUUGGAGACACUGCCAGAGAUAGACUGGAGGAAUCAGGAAUUCGGGGAGUUCAAGACUUGGCUGAGAAUCAGGGAGAUCAAGAGGACUCAGGAACUCAAGGAGACCAGAGACUUGUGGACUCGGGCGGACCCAGGAACGGGAAAAUGAGUCCAGGAGCUGCGCCUGUCUAACCCGAACUGGUUUGGAGCUGGGGGGGAAAACGUUUUUGAACAGAAAGCAGCUUGGGAACUGGAUUGUAAUCGUGACCCGGAUCGACUGGUCUCGACUUUUUACGUUGUGGCCUCAACAAAAAUGACCUAGAGACCAAUCACCUCCUUAGUCACCUACAGACCUAUCACCUCCUCAGUCACAUAGAUAUCUAUCAUUACUGCAGUCAACUACAUAGACUUAUCACUACCACCACCACCACCUCAGUCACCUAGAGGCUUGUCACCACCUCGCUCACCCACAUAGCCCUACCACUGCCACCACGAUGUGGCCGAACUUCUUACGGCAGGAGGACAUCAGCCACCUGUCCCACCCGCAGGCACCCGGGGCACUCAUGAUGAUCGACAAAGGUCGCGGGGUAGCGGGGGGUGUUGGGGCCAGGGGGGCAGGCGCAGCCGGGGGAGGCCGAGGGGGCAGCUCGCGUGGUGGCGGUCCCGGCCACCUCUCCGAUGCGACCGAGGGCCUCGUGAAGCUGUGCGGUCUGCUGGCCCUCGUGGGCUCGACCCUGAUGCUCCUCGCCGUGGGCACCGACUUCUGGGCCGUGCUGCUGGGCCCGGGAUUCGUUGGCGGGGGCCACCACCACCAGCAACACGACAACCACCAUCACCAACCCGACCGUCACCUCCGCCCCGACCUCCGCGCCCACGGUAACGGCACCGAAGGGGUGGGCGAGGUUUGGGACAACGGAGUGGGCGGAGCUUCUUCGAACAAAGGAAGAGUGAGCGGAGCCUCGAAUGACAACAGAGGAGUGGGCGGUGCUUCGUCGUCCGAAUGGGGCGAGGCCCCCGCGGGGCUGAACCCCGCGUGCGAGUUGGCCCACGUGGGACUGUGGCGAGCAUGCCACACGUGGACGCGGGGUGACGGGGCCGGAGGGUGCGGUCACGUGACCUUCAGGGGAGAAUUCAACUGCUCCUACUUCAGACACUUCUCACGCUGGGAGGAGGAGACGGGCGGAUUUGACCUGACUCACGAGAGAGGGUGCAGCCUUGUUGCUGUGCUAUCGGCGGUGCUCAGCCUGGCUCUGAUGGGUCUAGGUGCCAUGGGAGUUGGCUUCACUCUCUACAGGCAGCAGAUCUCCCUGCUGCGCCCGACAGCCGUGGCUUACCUGUGCGCAGGCUUCCUGGUCCUCCUCUCCGCUGGCCUCAUGAGCAGCUGCAUAUCCCGCGAGGCCGCCGUGGGGGUGCUGGUGGGGGGAGGUGUGGGGGUGGAUGUGGGGGACUCCCUCCCCCUCCCCUCCCUCUCCCCCUCACAGGCCCCUCCCCCACUACCCCGCUGGGGCCGCCUCUACCUGGCGUGGUCGCUCAGCAGCGCCUGGGCCUCGGCAGCCUUCAGCCUCAUGGCCGGUGCCGGCUAUGCUGCCAUAGUCUUCCCCUGCAGGCGGAGGAGAGGAAGCAUGGACGGGGUAGAGGGAGGGGCCUCCCACUAGCUCGUGUGGCCGGGAGGAAGAUGGGCAGAGUGGAGAGGUGGGGCGGGGGGGAGGGGCGGGAGGGGCCGACUCCUCAGUCCUUCCAGUCACUCACCCCUUCAUUCUUCCUGGAGACUUUAAUCUGCAGGUUAGUCGCCCACUCAUUAAAUCGGCCCUCCUUCUCCUCACGAGCUCGUUUGACCUCCACCUUCUCCCCCCUACUCACACCCCUGGUAACACCCUGGACCUCGUCUUCAUUUCCGGCUGCAAAACCGCCUCUAUCACUACGCCCCCCCCUCCCAGCCCUCCAAUCACCUCGACCUCUGCCUCUCUAUUUCUCAACCUUCCCCCAACUAUCCACGCUCUUAUGGCGUCUCAUCCCAUUCUGCACUGCAAUCUCUGCUCCCUUCAAACGGGCUCUAUAACCGCUAGUAAUCUCCUCAUCUCCUUCCUCCUAUUUCCGACUUAUCCUCCUUGCAGCCCUGCCUUAGCUUCCUCCACACUCUCCAAUUCCCUUUAUUCUUCUCUCGACCUCAUAGCUCCCAUUCACCUCUGCUCCCUCUCAUAUCUAAUCCUCCAGGACCUUGGCUCACUCCAUUGCUUCACUCGGAGGGGCGACACCUACGUAAAGCUGGAAGGCUUUCGAAGUCUACUCCUUCACUCCAGAACCUUUAAUCCUACCACUUCACUCCUUUCCCCAAUUCCAAAACGCCCUAGGACUUGAGAAACAAGACUAUAUCCUGGCUCUCAUCUCUUCCUUUCCUCCCCCCACCCCCACCUUUUCUCUACUCUCAACAACCUUCUCCAGCCUCCUACCCUAACCCAAUCUUAUUUUCCCUUGCCCUUUUUAGCUCUUGCGACUCUCUUCGUUCUGCCAUACUAUCCUCGUGUUCCCCGAGCUCACCUCAGCAGCCUUGUCCCCCACAUCAAAUCCAUAAUGACUUUGCUUUCACCAAUUCCCCUGCAACCUCUAUGAAUGAACUCUCCUGUAUCAUCUCUAAGGCCCAUCUACACUUCUUCUCCCCUUGAUCCCAUCCCUACUUCCCUUUAACCCCCGACUCCUUCCUUUAAUUCUCCCCUACCAAGUGUCCCUAUUCAAUUCCUCCCUCUCCACCGGUGUCUUUCCUGCAAUAUAUGGAAGUCAUUGUUGUGCUGCUCAAGCAAAUCCGCUCCUGAAACCUCUCCCCCAUUUCCCUUCUCCCCUAUUUCUCCAAACUCUUAGAACGCCUGGUCCACUCUCAUCUUACCCACUACUGUAUCUCCUAAUUCUCUCUCUGCCCCCAAUUCUAAUCCGGUUUUCGUCCCUCUCACUCAACUGAAACGGCCCUUCUUUCGGUUAACUCUUGCCCAUGCUGGCCUCUCUUCCAUUCUUAUACUCCCCGCUCUGUGCUCAGCUUUCGACACGGUUGCCCGUGCUGCUACUCUUUUCUCGACUCUCUCCCUUCUCUUUUUAUCUUUGGCACACCACAGUCCUAUCUCCCUCUCAGUGCGCACCUCUGCGGUCUCAUUCAAUCAUCGCCACUUCCCCUCCCAGCCUCCCAUUCACUGUCGGUGUUCCCCUUUGGUCAGUUCUUGGUCCCCGACUUUCCUCUCGCUCUCUACAUCUCACCGCUUGCAUCUCUCCUUUCUUCGCUGAACUUUCCCCAUCAUUUCGCAGGUGGCAUCCACAUUUUUUUCUCCUUUCCCUGACUUCGCCCCCCGCAUCUCAUCUCAUCGGAACUGAGCUGAGCUCAUCCUGCCAGGUUUCUAUCCAAUCUCGGAUGUCAACGUCACUUUCUGUCCCUCAAACCUUCCUGCCUCCCGUUCGCCUCCUCCCUGUCCCACCAUGUAUUUCCCUCCCUUCUCUAUGUCCCCUAUUUCCUGAGCCCGCAACAUUCGCGCCGUCUUUGACUCUUCCCUUUCCCUCGCUGAUCACAUUUCCGCCACUGCCUGCCGUGCUUUGCCAGUUUCACUUUGUCCAACGAUUGCAACGUCCGACCGCUUAUUGCCACCACUGCUGCAAAACUCCUCAUCCAUUCUCUUACCCCAUACCUGCAUGGACGACUGCCACUCUCUCGUACUCCGUCUGCCCAUUAAUCUUUUGCCCCCCCCCCCCCCCCCUUCAACAAAUCCAAAAAUAACUCUGCUUGGCUCAAAUUCAAACGUUCCCAACAAUUUUCAUACCUCGACCCUCCUCGUGCAACUGCUCUAGGCUUCCUGUCUACGACCGCUGCCUGGUCAAAUUCCUCACCCUGGUCGACAAAUCCCUUCAUGGUCUUGGCCCCCACUGUACCUUGCCACGCGCGUGUAUCUUUCUCUACGUGCUGCCUACUCGCGCUCUCUACGCUCACAACCUUUGCCAUCUCUCUCUGUCCCUCCUCCUCCUUGCGCUCAAUCCACGCUUUCGCUCUCAGUCUCUCUUCCCCCUCCACAUGAAGCGGCCACCUUCGCUCACCUAGUUUCCGCUCCUCACUCAAAACUCAAUGAUUGUUACCCCUAGCUCACCCCACGCCCCCCCCCCCUUAAUCUCCCCCUCAUAUCUGCAACCGUUACUGUUCCCUCUUGAUACUCUCAUUAUGCUGCUAUCACUCAUUAACCCCCAUUCAUUCGAUCCGUUAAUCAUCAUUUUAUGCCAGAUUAAUAAUAAUUAUUAGAAGGCUGUCACUCAUUAACCCUAUUCAUUAAUUCCGUUCAUCAUCAUUCACUGUCGGAAUAAUAAUUCUCAUUAUACUGCUAUCACUCAUUAAUCCCAUUCAUUCAUUCGAUCCGUUCGUCAUCAUUUACAGUCAUCAAUUUCGCUUUCACCGAUAUCACGCAUCAGAUAUUUGCCACCCAUCGCUUCCUCUCAUCUAUUUCAUUCCCGCUCAUCUUCACCACGACAUCAACACGCUGCACCGUUGUUAAUUCUACGAAAAGCACCUUGGAGGAGC